AUGGCUAGUGUUAGUGUGGAGAUAGACCCAGAAGAGAAACUAGAAAAACUGAGGUUCCAUCAUUAUUCGCUGAAGAUAAUCAUGCGAUCGUUGAUGGCGUUUGAAGCUCCAUCCCAAUUAUUCAUGUUUCUUUACUAUAUCAUUCCCUACUUGUUUGAGGAUUACUCACAAGGCACUCGUAAUGUUCUCAGUUUCUUCGUUAUUCUUGGAACUGUUGAAGGCAUGUAUAACUAUUUUUGUGUCAUCCUUUGUGAUCCAUCUGUCCCCAAGAAUAUUCAGUCAUCAAAUCCCUCCAACACAGAGGAUCACUUAAGAACUUCGAAUCAUGUGACACGUUCCACCUUUCAAAAUGGAGUGACUGUUGACCUUGAGCCUGAUCACUAUGCUGAUGAUUCAGGCCUUAGGUGGCGUUACUGUAAGACAUGCGAAUUGUACAUGCCCCCUCGAUCGUGGCACUGUGACCUCUGUAAAGGAUGUAUAUUGAAGCGUGAUCAUCAUUGCUUCAUGGUCGGUAACUGUAUUGGCCUGAACAAUCAGAGGUACUUUGCUGUGCUAGCGUUGUACGCUCUGCUGUGUGGAUGGGUUGGUGGUUACUUCCAGUACAAAUACCUACAGAUAUUUUACUAUCCUAUCAGCUGGUCCUGGACAGAUUUCCUUCCACCAUUUGCCAUGUACCGCUGGCUGUUUGGUCGAUGGCCAGCACUUACCUUCCAUAUUGUUGUGAUGAUUUGCCAAGUCUAUCUAGAAUUCUUGUUUGGAACUUUUGGAUUUUUAUAUUUCACUUUUCAGAUGACUGUUAUUGCGAAAGGAUACACAGCAUUUGAAAUGGCUAAAUUAAUGCCGGUUAGAAAUACCAACUCUAAAAACUUUAACUUUCGUACCGUGUUCGGAGAUUAUUGGGCGUUGAACUUCAUCUUUCCCAUGUCAUUCUUUUAUCCACCUAAAGUUGACGGCAUCAAAUGGGAAGGGGUGAAAAUUGACCACAAUGCAUAG